AGCGGAGCCAAGAAAUAGUUAAUCCAGGGCUGCUUCUAUGAUUGGCCGCUGUACACAGCGCUUGAGCCACCUUGAAUGAGAGACAGGGGUAACUAGGCAACUUCAACGGCGGUAAAAUCAUUUAAAAAAUAAAAUAUGUCCACGAAACACUGAAAUAGUAAAAUUGUCGAAAAAUGAGAGGCGACCCAAUGUGAUUUUAUGGUGUGCGUGUCCGGCAAAUUGAAUUAACGAAUGGAUUUUCUUCUCUCUAAGAAGCGAAAACAGAUCGCGCAAAUGAACCGGAACCUGAUUUGGAUUAAAACGGUUAAACUGGAAAUUUCAGCGUAGCUGUCAUAUGAAAGGUGCUAAUGGAGGGAGGGACAGAGGUGUACAACAGAAGGACAGUCUCUGAAGUGUCCUACCAAAGAGGAAUACCAGUACUCAACCUGGACUAAAGAAUAAUACAGUACAACAACAACCCAUGUGUUCUCUUUGGAAGGAGGAAUUCACCAAUCACUAAAUGGGAUCUGCACUAAAGAGCAAUAGAGGGACCAUGUAAUACUUGACCUUAUUUGAGGAACAUCUAGCCACCAUGUUAGAACUAGUCUGAAGCAUUCAGAAGGACCGGUACAACAUCUACCCGUCAUCAGCUCUACCAGGAUGGGUCCACAUUGAAGGAGAUCUGAACCCCUGGAUCUCUUCACCAAAGAGGAAUAACACCAGGCUUCUCACCAUGGACUUGGAGGAAAACUCUGUCCUAGACCUGGAGUAGAGGGAGUAGUGGCUCUGUCCUAGACCUGGAGUAGAGGGAGUAGUGGCUCCAUCCUAGACCUGGAGUAGAGGGAGUAGUGGCUCCAUCCUAGACCUGGAGUAGAGGGAGUAGUGGCUCCAUCCUAGACCUGGAGUAGAGGGAGUAGUGGCUCCAUCCUAGACCUGGAGUAGAGGGAGUAGUGGCUCCGUCCUAGACCUGGAGUAGAGGGAGUAGUGGCUCUAUCCUAGACCUGGAGUAGAGGGAGUAGUGGCUCUGUCCUAGACCUGGAGUAGAGGGAGUAGUGGCUCCAUCCUAGACCUGGAGUAGAGGGAGUAGUGGCUCUGUCCUAGACCUGGAGUAGAGGGAGUAGUGGCUCCAUCCUAGACCUGGAGUAGAGGGAGUAGUGGCUCCAUCCUAGACCUGGAGUAGAGGGAGUAGUGGCUCCAUCCUAGACCUGGAGUAGAGGGAGUAGUGGCUCCAUCCUAGACCUGGAGUAGAGGGAGUAGUGGCUCCAUCCUAGACCUGGAGUAGAGGGAGUAGUGGCUCCGUCCUAGACCUGGAGUAGAGGGAGUAGUGGCUCUAUCCUAGACCUGGAGUAGAGGGAGUAGUGGCUCUGUCCUAGACCUGGAGUAGAGGGAGUAGUGGCUCUGUCCUAGACCUGGAGUAGAGGGAGUAGUGGCUCUGUCCUAGACCUGGAGUAGAGGGAGUAGUGGCUCUGUCCUAGACCUGGAGUAGAGGGAGUAGUGGCUCUGUCCUAGACCUGGAGUAGAGGGUGUAGUGGCUCUGUCCUAGACCUGGAGUAGAGGGAGUAGUGGCUCCGUCCUAGACCUGGAGUCGAGGGAGUAGUGGCUCCGUCCUUCCUGGAGUAGAGGGAGUAGUGGCUCUGUCCUAGACCUGGAGUAGAGGGAGUAGUGGCUCCGUCCUAGACCUGGAGUAGAGGGAGUAGUGGCUCUGUCCUAGACCUGGAGUAGAGGGAGUAGUGGCUCUGUCCUAGACCUGGAGUAGAGGGAGUAGUGGCUCUGUCCUAGACCUGGAGUAGAGGGAGUAGUGGCUCUGUCCUAGACCUGGAGUAGAGGGAGUAGUGGCUCUGUCCUAGACCUGGAGUAGAGGGAGUAGUGGCUCUGUCCUAGACCUGGAGUAGAGGGAGUAGUGGCUCUGUCCUAGACCUGGAGUAGAGGGAGUAGUGGUUCUGUCCUAGACCUGGAGUAGAGGGAGUAGUGGCUCUGUCCUAGACCUGGAGUAGAGGGAGUAGUGGCUCUGUCCUAGACCUGGAGUAGAGGGAGUAGUGGCUCCGUCCUAGACCUGGAGUAGAGGGAGUAGUGGCUCUGUCCUAGACCUGGAGUAGAGGGAGUAGUGGCUCCGUCCUAGACCUGGAGUAGAGGGAGUAGUGGCUCUGUCCUAGACCUGGAGUAGAGGGUGUAGUGGCUCUGUCCUAGACCUGGAGUAGAGGGAGUAGUGGCUCUGUCCUAGACCUGGAGUAGGGGACAGGGGGUAGGGGACAGGGGGUAGGGGACAGAGGGUAGGGGACAGUCGGGUUGUGGGCAGUCCAAAGGAGGUAGGGUGUGUGUGAUAACCAUCCUGGAGUAGGGGAUAGGAGAAUAGUCCACGGGAGGCAGCAGAGGAGUGAUAACCCCAUGGUGGAUCUGCUGUGAGGAGGACUGAGGACAGGAAGGACCCAGGAGGAUGUCAUCAGCCGGAGGAGAGUCAGCCAGCUCGGAGCUCAAAGCAGAUGUCAAAACCAGCACUCUGAGACGGGAGUCCAGGAGGACUAAAGGUCAGGACCGCACUGAGACGGGGCUGAUUAAGCGUUUCCGUGGUGAUGGCGUGCGCUACAAGGCCAAGCUGAUCGGGACUGAUGAGGUGACAGCGGCACGCGGGGACAAGCUGUGCCAGGACUCCAUGAUGAAGCUCAAGGGAAUGGCUUCGUCAGCGCGCUCCAAAGGAGAGCACAAGCAGAGAGUCUUCCUCACCAUCUCCUUCGGAGGGAUCAAGAUUUACGACGAGAGAUCAGGGGUUCUGCUGCAUCACCACUCAGUGCAUGAGAUCUCCUAUAUUGCCAAGGAUACCCGGGAUCACCGGGCCUUUGGCUACGUCUGUGGGAAGGAGGGACACCACAGGUUUGUGGCCAUCAAGUCUGGCCAGUCGGCGGAGCCACUGAUCAUUGACCUGCGUGACCUCUUCACGCUCAUCUACGACAUCAAGCAGCGAGAGGAGAUGGAGAAGAAGUCCCAGAAGGACAAGCAGUGUGAGCAGGCCGUCUACCAGACCAUUCUGGAGGACGAGGUGGAUGAUCCAGUUUACCAGUACAUUGUGUUUGAGGCUGGACAUGAGCCCCUCCGUGGCCACCAAUCAGAGGAGAGCGUUUACCAGGUCCCUACCGCAACCAGUCAGCAGAAGGGAGAAGGGAUCUAUGACGUCCCAAAACGCCAUUUUAUGACUAACAUCAACCACUUUGAUCUGUUCGGAGACAUGUCCACUCCGCCCUCGAUGCCCCCAUCCCCGGCCAACACUUUGGACCCCAGCAGGAGCCACCACCAGCCCCAGCACCAACACCCCCCAGAGAUGUUCACCGGCCCCUUCAGCCCCACAUCUGUCCCCUCAGGGUACAUGACCAUGGGGCCAGUCCAGGCAGCCCAGUGGGCCCAGCAGGGAUCCUUCUCUGGCCAGGCCCAGACCCUGGCCUUUGGGGUGCAGGGGCCCCUCCAGGUGACCCAGGUCCUCCCGGGAGGCCAGCCUGUCAUCUGGAGCCAGGCCAACAUCUUCCCUGCCACCCAGCAGCAGUGGGCCGCCAUGGCUGCCUACAUGCCCGCUCAGGCCAUGGGUGUGGGGGGUCACCACCUCCCCAUGAUGGUGCCCAUCACCACCGUGUGCCCUGGCCCCCAGGGCCUACACUGUGACCUCUCCUCCACCCCCUCCUCGGCCAUCACCAGCCCCCAGCACCAGGCGAUGGACCCCGCCCUGCUCCAGCAGCUCCAGCAGCAGCACAGCCUCAGUGGGGAUUCUGACGCAGGAGAAGGCCCCUCUUCGCUGGGCCUUGUCAUGGUGGGCAGCAGGUGUGGAACACCUGGGCCGAUGAGUCCCACUUCAAUGGGUCUGGGUGCUGUGGGCAGGUGUGAGACGCCUGUUAGCCUUGUCAUGAUGGCGAGGUGUGAGACGCCCGGCCCUGGUCCAGUGAACGUGCCUCCUGAUACCCUGGUCUGUAGCCAGCUGUGCCUGGGGUCACCGGCUGUGAUGUCACCAUUGGCCUUGACCCAGGAAGAGGAAGGCAGCUGUAGUGACCUUGACCUCUCUCGGAUGACCUUGAGUCCUGGAACGUCCACCUCACCCUCCACUGACUCAGCGUCCACCCCAGCCCCCCAGCCUGGACCGUCCUCAGACUCAGCCUCGUCCCAGACCAGUGACCCCCCCACAGACCACUCUCCCAUCCAAACACAGGCCACACCCCCCAGCACCAGGGAGGAUGGCUCGGGCUUAUGCACCAGGGCUCUGUCUCCCUGUCCAUCCGGUGAUGCUCCACCUGAUUCUCCCCAGGCCCAGAUCUGUCCACAGGAAGACAGUUAGAGAACACUGGGCUCUGGGAGAAGGAACCUCUGUGAUCGUCAGGAGGAUAGAAGAAGAUGAGAGGAGAGGAGGACAGUGGACUGAGAGAUGAAGGAGAGGAGACUCUAGACUCCUAUGUCCCUCCUAAUAACUUGAUUACACGGAUCACUGUUCUGUUCUGGAGAAUGCUGAUAUUGGCAGCCUAAAGCAGCAAUAUCAUAGGAUUGGCUUCUCCCCUGAUCUGGACAGCACAACCCCCCCCCCCCAGCCAAUCGGAAGCCUUUUCUCCCAUGAAGUGACCUAUGAUCUUUGACCAAACUGUAGCAGUGGGUCGUUACCACAACAACUUCCUGCCACAGGUCAGAGGGGGGAGACACCUUAUCUAUCAUGUGACCUGGGAGGACCAAUCAAACUGCAUGGUCAGGAUGAGGAUUCUAAUGGGUUCUAAGGAUGAAAUUAUUUUUGGGGUGAUUUUGAGGAGGAUUGGUGUCCUAUGGGGUUAUACCCUUCGUUUGGAGAACUGCCACCCGCCUCAGAGUACUCACUGUGUGGAACAGAUGGAUUUGCAAAAUGUUUUCAAACAGCUGACUUGUCCCAUUGGCAUGAACAGAGUAUGUAUUGUGGAUCCAGCGAAACACAGCAGAGACUGCGAGACAACUGUUCUCCAUAGCUUCAAAGCUUCCUUUUCGAUGCUAAAAGAUAAAAAUGUAAUUUUUAUUUUGUAAGCUGCGACUUCUGAGUUGAUGCUUCUGAGUGUUUUAUGGAUAACGAAAACAGCUUCGAGGCAUCAGUUGAGAAUUCCUGUUUGCCAAACUUCUAUUUUGUAAAUAAGAUUUCCUCAAGACCCCUUAAACCGGAAACUCUGUGCCAAAAGAUAGGUCUGUCGUCUGCCUCUCUGACACUACCUACCUGUGGCUCUCUCAACUUUAAAGCAAUGCCCUACCAGCACCUCUGUCUGUAUUGUCUGGAUGUUUGCUUUGCUUUCUUGCCAAUUUAUUUUAAUUUUUUUACUUUCUGUUUCUCUGUUGGGUUUGGUCAGCCAGUCUGUGACAUAUGAACUGUGAAUCUGUGUUACAUAGCCAUUGAAUCAAAGCAACGAUGGUGAUACCUGCUACCUACGUAUGACGUAACUCACUCUUUUGAAAAUAAAAUGGCCCUCCUCACACACAAAAUAAAAGAAAAGAUCCACAGGCCAAUAAAGUCCCUGUCACUUUUACCUGGGGGGGCAUAACCUUGCUUUUAACUGUUUUAGACUACUGAACAGGUGUACUACCCAUCCUUCAAUGUUUGCUUUCAAUCUCUAUGUUGACCUGCUCUACUACUACCAGACCUGGGUUAAAAUACUAUUUAAACCUUCCAAAUACUUUUGAGCGUUUGCUUUAGCCUGCCUCGAGUGCCAUGUUGGCAGGGUUUGCACUUUUGGGACUUUUCUAUUGGUUCCAUAGCAACGGGCAAGCUCAAUCACACACCGCUAAAGUAUUUGAAAUGAUUUGAAAUAGUAUUUGAACCCAGGUCUGCUGCACAUGGGUGGUUUUUAGGAAUCAAACCAAUAAGCUAGUUGUGACGGCCCAGCCAGCAGUAGACUCCAGAGUGCUUUACUAUGCCUUAUUAUUAUUGGUUGUGUUGCGUUGUCCCGUCACUGUUAUAUCGUCAUGUCAUUGUAUUACAGUAACACGGUUGAUUCAUGCAACUAAAGGUUUGGGGCAUAUUGUAAGUCUGUCUGCUCCACGGAGUUACAAAUGGCAAAAUGUGGUGACUUUAGAAGAUUAUGAAAGAAUAGAGAUAUUAUUGCUAUUUACUUCUAGACUAUGAUGAUAAUAACUGUAACCCUGCUCUUAUAAGAAAAUGCUAAAUUAAAUGGUCCAACGAUAUUUUGUACAUUUUAUUUAGGAAUUCCAACAGUCAUGAAAAGAGAAAAGGACUUUUGUACGUAUAUUUCUUCCCAUUCACUGUUCUACUAAUCCCCACUGUUCAGUCACAAAUAAAAUAUCAUGUGAUUCCCA